AUGGUGAACACGUUGUUGCAUCAAGACGCGGAUGCCAGACGAAGGCAGCUGUAUGUGCGUACUUACAAUGUCAUUCCGCUACAGGAUGCGGGUGGUUUGAUUGAGUGGAUUCCAAAUCUGAAUACUUUUCGAAAUGUUCUCGGCCCAUUAAUGAAGGAGAAAUGCGAUAGUGUUAUGAGCGAAAAGGAAUGGUUCGAUCGAUGGGUUCCAAAUGGCACCGAUGAAGAGAAAUUAGAAAGGCUUCGAAAGGAAUACUAUCCAAGGCAUCCAAUUGUAAUGCCGGAAUGGUUCAGGUAUUAG